AUGUUCAAUUUUACCACGACCUGCGGUACCGGUGCCGAUGCGACGAUUUGUUCGGGGAUGGAGUCGGUGUUUCAGGAAGCUGGGUGGAUGAUCAGCCAAAUCCUCGAAAUCAACGCCACGAUCAACGUCAACGCAACCAUCCUCCCCUUCGGCCUCGGAUUAUCCUCCUCCGCCAACAAAGCUGGAUCGAAUAUCCAAUCCCUCGGUGGUGCGGCACCAGCACGUACCGUCCCCCUCAUGGACGCAGACAACCACGCCCGCUUCUACCCACAAGCUGUUGUUCGACAAUUCAACUCCUCCGUCACCCAAAACGUCGAGUUUUCGGAGUUCGAUAUCACGAUGCAGAUCAACUCUGACGAAGACUUCUGGUGGACGAAUAAAUCCGCGUCGAUUGGGGAGAAGGAGUAUGAUCUUCUUUAUGUUACGCUUCAUGAGUUGAUGCAUGGAUUGGGAUUCUCGAGUGCGUGGGAGGAUUAUAUUCAUCCCGCAAGCCCGACGGCGUUGACCCCGAAUAUUUUGUUGACGUAUCCGAGUACGACGAGUGGGGACGCUGGGGACGUAACGUUUGGUGGGUUUGUGGAAUAUGCGUUUGAUCGCUUGUUGCAGUUUAAUCAGUCGGAUACGUUGACGGGGUUCGAGUAUGUGUAUGCGACGAAUGUUACUACGGAGUUGAAUACGCUGUUCCCUGCGUUGUUGAAUGUGACGUACGCAACUGCUGCGAACCUAACCAGUGCGUUCUUGGAUGAUGACGCUGCUGUGGGGUUGGCGGAGCAUAUGCUGGCGCAGGCGACGACGGCGUAUUCGAUCUCGUUCUCGCACCCGCUCAUCAAUUCGUCUUCUUCGAAUAACACCGGCAUGAUGCUCGAGACUUCGAUUGCUCCCUUCUCCUCCGGGUCAUCUAUCUCGCAUUUCUCGGACGCGGAGUACGCCGCAACGCGCGAUUUCCUGAUGGGAUAUGCACAGGUUUCGGGUGUGACGCUGCAGCAAACGAUGGCGAGCGUGGGUGUUCCCGAUGGAGACGCGUAUGGGCCUUUCGGACCGGGAUUGAGGAUCGUGUUGGCGGGGUUGGGAUGGAGGGUCAGGGGUGGUGUCCCGGGACAGGGAAGUGUUGCUGAGCCGGGGGUUGUGAGGACUGUUAGUAGUGGAGGCGCUGAUGUGCUGAAGGCGAAAUCGAGACGAGUAUCGGACGUGUUACCUAUAUCAGAUGGGUGGGAAAUCAGAAUGGGCGGAGGACAGGCUCAAGAGGCUAUGCGUACAGCUACUACUCCCUCGCUGUCGCUACAGUCUACAGCUACAGCUUACACCCUCGUCGUCGCUACAGCAUACUCCCUCGCCGUCGCUGUCGCUACAGGCUAUUCCCUCGCUGUCGCUACAGGCUAUUCCCUCGCUGUCGCUACAGGCUAUUCCCUCGCUGUCGCUACAGGCUAUUCCCUCGCUGUCGCUACAGGCUAUUCCCUCGCUGUCGCUACAGGCUACUCCCUCGCUGUCGCUACAGGCUACUCCCUUAGGGUUAGGGUUAGGGUUAGGGUUAGGGUUAGGGUUAGGGUUAGGGUUAGGGUUAGGGUUAGGGUUAGGGUUAGGGUUAGGGUUAGGGUUAGGGUUAGGGUUAGGGUUAGGGUUAGG